AAAGCAUGCUAAUUUUGGAAACGCUCAAUAAUUUCUCGAACAUUCUAAAACAUAUUUAUAAGCAAAGUUCUAGACAAAUCAGACACUACUAUUUUUUCUCGUGCAACUCUAAACUCCGUCAAAAUGCCCGAACCAAUGUGUACUGGUCCAGAUGCCCAACCGGAAGCGGAGACCUUCGCCUUCCAAGCUGAAAUCGCCCAGCUUAUGAGCUUGAUCAUCAACACAUUCUACUCGAACAAAGAGAUUUUCCUCCGUGAGUUGAUUUCCAAUGCAAGCGAUGCUCUGGACAAACUGAGAUACAAGAGUCUGACAGAACCAUCAGUGCUCGAUUCUGGAAAGGAGAUGUAUAUCAAGCUGGUCCCGAACAAGGAAGCUGGUACUCUGACAGUUCUUGAUACUGGUAUCGGCAUGACGAAAGCAGAUUUGAUCAACAACCUUGGUACGAUUGCUCGUUCUGGUACGAAAGCGUUCAUGGAGGCGUUGCAAGCUGGUGCCGAUAUCUCGAUGAUUGGUCAGUUCGGUGUUGGUUUCUACUCUGCCUACUUGGUGGCCGACCGUGUUCAGGUGGUGACGAAGAGUAACGACGACGAGCAGUAUAUGUGGGAGUCGUUGGCUGGUGGUUCGUUCACCAUCGCUCCGGACAGCAGUGAGAUGCCAGCUCGUGGUACGAAGGUGAUCCUGUACCUGAAAGAAGACCAGAUGGAGUACCUAGAAGACAGAAAGAUCCGUGAGAUAGUGAAGAAGCACUCUCAGUUCAUUAAUUAUCCGAUCGAGUUGGUGGUUGAGAAGGAGCGUACGAAGGAGGUUUCUGAUGAUGAGGCAGAGAAGGAGGAGAGUAAGGAGGCUGAUGAGGCUGAGGGUGAAGACGACAAGCCUAAGGUUGAGGAUUUAGAUGAAGACGAGGAUGAUGAUAAGGACGCUAAGAAGAAGAAAAAGAAGAAGGUGACGGAGAAGUAUAUAGAUGAGGAGUUGUUGAAUAAGAUGAAGCCGAUCUGGACUCGUAAUCCCGAUGACAUCACGAAGGAGGAGUAUGGGGAGUUCUACAAGUCGUUGAGUAAUGACUGGGAAGACCAUUUGGCGGUGAAGCACUUCUCUGUGGAGGGUCAACUUGAGUUCCGAGCAUUGUUGUUUGUUCCCAAGCGUGCACCUUUCGACCUGUUUGAGAACCGCAAGAAGCGAAACAACAUCAAGUUGUAUGUGCGUCGAGUGUUCAUCAUGGACAACUGUGAAGACCUGAUUCCUGAGUAUCUGAACUUCAUCCGAGGUGUUGUUGACAGUGAAGACUUGCCGUUGAACAUCAGUCGUGAGGUGUUGCAGCAGAAUAAGGUGUUGAAGGUGAUCCGUAAGAACUUGGUGAAGAAGUGUAUUGAGUUGUUCGAGGAGAUAAUGGAGGAUAAGGAGGACUACAAGAAGUUCUACGAGCAGUUCUCCAAGAACAUUAAGCUUGGUAUCCACGAGGAUGGUGUGAACAGGAAGAAGCUGGCUGAUUUCCUACGCUACUACUCGAGCGUCAGUGGUGACGAGAUGACGAGUCUGAAGGACUAUGUGUCUCGCAUGAAGGAGAACCAGAAGGAUAUUUACUACAUCACCGGUGAGACGAAGGAGGCGUUGGCGAACUCAGCCUUCACAGAGGUGCUUCGCAAGCGUGGUUACGAGGUGUUGUACAUGUUGGACCCUAUUGAUGAGUAUGCAGUUACCCAGCUCCGUGAGUAUGAUGGUAAGAAGUUGGUGUGUGUGACGAAGGAGGGUCUUCAACUACCUGAGGAUGAGGAGGAGAAGAAGAAAUUUGAGGAUUUGAAGGCGUCGUUCGAGCCAUUGUGCAAACAGAUCCAGGACAUUCUUGGUAAGCGUGUUGAGAAGGUGAGCGUUUCGAGUCGUUUGACAACUUCACCUUGUUGUAUUGUGACAUCUGAGUUUGGUUGGUCGGCGAAUAUGGAGAGGAUAAUGAAGGCUCAGGCGUUGAGAGACACGAGCACGAUGGGUUACAUGGCGGCCAAGAAGCAUUUGGAGCUGAAUCCCACACAUCCAAUAAUUGUUGCACUGAAGAACCUGUUCGAUGGUGGUGAGUCGAUCAAGUUGGCGAAAGACCUUGUCCAGUUGUUGCACAGCACUGCCCUCCUCACCUCUGGUUUCUCCCUUGAAGAUCCCAAGAUCUACGCGAAUCGUAUCCAUCAGUUGGUGAGUAUGUGUUUGGACAUUCCAACGGAGGAGGAUGCAAAGGUUGGUGAGAGUCCAGUGGAGAACAACAGCACGCCAGCAGCAGUUCCAACGGAGACCGGUGACGAUGCAGGUAUGGAGGAGGUGGAUUAAACAUUGCAUUUUGUACAUACUUUGACAUUAACUGAUUGAUUGAUUCAUUCAUUCAUCUUAUAAUACAUUUUAUUCACUGCAUUGAA